CAAGCUCACAAUAAACAAAUGCGUCGGCUGGUUUUUAUUCAACUGAUGAUUUAUUCAAUAUGGCAAUUUUAGGUGCUUUGUUUCUUGUAAUGUAUAUUACUUUGAAUAAUAUGGAUGUCGGUUUGAGCGUGAAUUGGCAUUCAUUUAGAAGUAAAAAGUACAUAUUUAUGGAAGAAAAGUUAAACUGGUUUGAUGCUCAAACUGUUUGUCACGCAAUGGAAAGUUUUUUGGCACAUGAGAUGAGUGCAGAUGAAAACAGUUUCUUAAUCUCCAUAUUAAACAGUAAGUACGUUUUCUUGAAAAAUGGGUACAAUCGGUCAUAUGGGUUACUCUCUGAAUUACUUCACUAUAAAGAUUUUAAUAUUUUUCUUCUGCUUGGAAAAACUGCAUGGAUCGGAGGUGCAGAUAUUCACCAAGAAGGAGACUGGAGAUGGUACAGUCCUUUAACAGAAAUGAAAUUCACAUACUGGCAUAGCAACCAACCCAACAAUGGAAGGACUUCUAAUUGUAUGUGCUACUACAAGUUCUCUACAACUGUAUACAAGUGGGCCGAUGAACCAUGUACCAGUCGCUUUUCUUUUGUGUGCGAAAAGUGA